UUAGCCACUAAUGUGCAAACCCUCUGAAUGAAUGGGAAAAUGCUAGUUAGCUUAGCUGCAUGCUACUUGUUUUGUUAAUUAGCGGCAGUUCAGAGAUGUCUGUGAGAAACGGGUUGCUCAGAGCUGAGUUAAAACAUGUUCACACUUCUUAAAUGUAGAUUUCACAUUCACAAGUAGGAAAAUCUCGUGAUUUUAUUGCUGUGUUUAUAUUAUUUGGACCCGCUGAUCAGAGAAGUUCUGUAAAUGAUUUCACAGUUUGAUUCAUCAGGACUCAUCACAUCUGGACCACUUCGAAAAAUUGUUCUGAAUAAUAUUAGAGAGGUUUUGGUCCAUAAAGGUGCUGUUUCUUUAACUCGUGCUGAUCCAGGUACCGUGGCCAUUGUCACCUCGGACGGCAGGAUGAUUGUGGGCACUCUGAAGGGCUUUGAUCAGACCAUCAAUCUGAUCCUGGAUGAGAGUCACGAGAGAGUGUUCAGCUCCAGUCAGGGAGUCGAGCAGGUGGUGCUGGGACUCUACAUUGUCCGAGGCGACAACGUUGCGGUGAUCGGGGAGAUCGAUGAGGAGACGGACUCCACUCUGGAUUUAGGAAACAUCAGAGCUGAACCCCUCAACUCUGUCGUUCACUGACCUUUGACCCCUGAUGACAGCGUGACUGUUGUGUGAAUAAAGUUUAUGGAAGUCUGUUUUAGGAGCGGGUGUGCUAAUUAUCCGGGACCAGCCGGAGCAUCCUGAUAACUUGCUCGCCUGCUUCCUGUCUCUGACUCCUGGCUCUUUUCUGUUUGUACUUUUUAUAAAUAAAGAAGUGAGAUGAUGAAAAUGUUAGAGGAACUUUUUUAUGCUCCUAAGUCUUUUUGUCAAUGUGAGACUGUUAAUAAAGUUUCAUUUGUUGUGUUCUGAAAAAA